AUGGCGAGUUUCAAUGGGAAGGAGAUUCCAGUCUGUUACGCCUCGUGCUCUAUAGGACACGAUGGUUCUAAGCAUACGCUCCCAGCCAAGUUGCAGACUCUCGCCACUGCUGGAUUCGAUGCUAUCGAGCUCUCAAUGCCCGACAUUCUCGCGUACGGGCGAGAGAUCUCCCAGACCAAGGCAGAUAUUGAUCCAAAGGAUUACAAAACACUUCGAUCAGUUGCAACAGAGAUCGGGAAAAUGUGCGAAAAAGAAGGCUUGAAAGUCUUGAUGCUGCAGCCGUUUGCCAACUUUGAGGGCUGGCCUAAGGAUAGCAAAGAAAGACGAGAUGCUUUCGAGAGAGCCAAAGGGUGGAUGAGCAUAAUGGAGGCAGUCGGAACAGAUAUGCUUCAGAUUGGAUCAUCUGAUGCUGAGGGCAUCUCGCCUAGUUUUGACGACCUGGCGGCUGAUCUAGCUGAGCUGGCAGACAUCUUUGCGGAGAAAGGGCUUCGAAUCGCAUACGAAAACUGGUGCUGGGCCACUCACGCUACGACGUGGAAGGAUGUCUGGGAUAUUGUCAACAAGGCCGACAGGCCCAAUCUGGGGUUGUGCCUCGAUACUUUCCAGAGCGCAGGGGGGGAAUGGGGCAGCCCGACGAUGAAAUCUGGACGAAUCGAAAAUAUCAGUACACAAGAGUUGGACAAGAGAUGGAAGACCAGUUGCGAAGAGCUCUCAAAAACAAUUCCUCCGGAGAAGAUAUUCUUACUGCAGAUCUCAGAUGCAUAUAAAAUGGAGCCACCGUUGGACGACAAGCCAGAUGACAGCGGAUUGAGGCCUCGAGGCCAGUGGAGCCACGACUAUCGACCACUUCCAUACGACGGGGGUUACUUGCCCGUGGAAGAUUUUACCCGAGCGGUGUUCAAUACCGGCUUCAGAAGCUGGGUGUCAGUGGAAAUAUUCGAUGGCAAGGGGCCACAGAAAUAUGGUGAUGAUAUGGGGCCAUUUGCAAAGAAGGCCUUUGAGGCGGUGCAUGCAUUGUUGAAGCAGGUCGGAGACACUACUUGA